AUGCUUGAAGAUGCUCUUGGUCGAGUCACGCCGUUCCAUUUGGAGUUCAUUGACUCUUGGGAGGUUUUGGAGUCCGUUCUCGAAGCACGCUUUCGACAACUUCCGGGGCAUCGUAAGAUCAAGCGGAAGGAAUACGUUCUGCGGGCAAAUUUCAGCAACAAGGAUGUCGACAGCAGCUUCAUUGCUUUCAAUCGCUGCUUUCUCCCGGGCCAGCAUUAUGACAUGAGCAUGGAAUUCAAUGCCGCACGCGCACAGAAUUCCUGCCCAGCCUGUUUGCUUGAUACUGGGGAGGCGUCUGACGCACGAGUGAAGUGCAAUGGGUGUGGUCUCUGGUAUCAGCGGAUAGUAGAGACCAUCGCAGAUGUGGCUCCUGUUGUACCAAAGACCGAUUUACCAAUCAAACGGCCAUGUCUGAAGAGACGGCGAGAAGAAGAGCCCGAGAGUGAUGACGAGCCGAGACAGUUUCGCCGGGUUCGUAUCAGAUGUCGCCAACGAGCAGAAAACCAGGAUAGCCAAGGCGAAGCAGAAUUUGAGGCCCUAAGAUCUGGAGAGGAAAUGAUAAGAUGUAUUUGCGGGACGCACGAUGACUUGGGGCUGCUUGGAAACAACCUGCAUUAUGCACCUUCCGCAAGAAAAAUCAGAGCGUGGCUUAUACAGUGUGGUGAUUGCAAAGCCUGGCAACACCGAAGCUGUGUUGGGACUGCGAACGGCAACAACCCGCCGGGAGGCUUCUACUGUGAACAGUGUUCGUGGGUGGAGCCAGUUGACGGCCUCUUGAAUGAAAAUGUCGAGGGGUACACCAUCAAGUGUAUAUGUGACUCUGAUGGGGAUGACGGCAAUACAGUAUACUGCGACCGCUGCAGCACCUGGCAGCAUGUAACAUGUUUCCAUUCCAACAUCAGCACGGCCGAGCCAGAAUCUCUCGAUCACUUGUGCGUCAAUUGGGAUCUUGGCGAAGAUCUCACCUGGCACGAUGCAAUACUGAGAAUUGAUGAGGGUCUGAAAGAUUCUCGCAGGCGGAGAACGCUAACAAGCGAGUAG